AGUGUGUGCGCGCGGGGGGGGUGAUCCAAUGGGUGCUGCAAAACGCUGCUAGUGCUAACACUGUAAUUCAACACAGCAGGGCAACGGCAUCGCCAAGACGAAAACCCGCCACCACCCCAUUUGCAAGAACAGUAGAGCCCCGGAAGACAAUAGCAGGAAUGUCUGAAGUAAGUAUUGAGACUGAAGGUGGAAAGGUUCAAGCUGAGGAUCCUCAGAAGGCAAAUGAGGAGAUUGCGAUGGCUGAGGAAUCCCCAAGAAAUACUGCAGCUGAAAUUUCAGUGACCAGUAAUGGUGAUGCUGACGAAAUGCAUGAAGAUAUUUUCCAAAGGGAUUUGACUCACAGCAUGCCUGGAGGCUUGAAUUUGUCAGAAACGCACAUCACUUCCAGUAACUAUGGAGCGACAACAGAGGGAAUCAUAGAAUCAGGACCAUAUAAAGGAUCUACAAGUCAGCCCCAGUCACCUGUUGUCUCUCCCAGCAGUAUUGUGGCUAGCAGACUGGCCAGAUCAGCCUCCGAUAUUCCUAGUGAGAAAGGCAUGAUGAAAGUGCAGCCUAAAAGUGGACCCGUAGUUGUCUCCGAUGAGGUCAAGAAUCCUGCCAUUGAGAAGCUGGAUCUGGUGCGAAAAUGGAGCAUCAACACUUACAAAUGUACGAGGCAGAUCCUGUCGGAGAAGCUGGGCCGAGGGUCUAAGACUGUGGACUUGGAACUAGAGGCUCAGAUAGAAAUUCUCCGGGAUAACAAGAGGAAGUAUGAGCAGGUCAUAAAGCUGGCGCAGACGCUGGCAACACAGCUCUUCCAAAUAGUGCAGACUCAGAGGCAACUGGGAGAUGCUUUCGCAGACCUCAGCUUAAAAUCUCCAGAGCUCCACGAGGAAUUUGGUUUCAACGCUGACACUCAAAAACUAUUGUCCAAAAAUGGAGAGACACUAUUGGGGGCCAUUAACUUCUUCAUUUCCAGUGUGAACACCUUGGUAAACAAAACCAUUGAAGACACCUUGAUCAACAUAAAACAAUACGAAAAUGCCAGGGUUGAGUAUGACGCCUAUCGCACAGACUUAGAGGAGCUGAACCUGGGCCCCCGGGAUUCUACUACUGUUCCAAAGAUCGAGCAAUCUCAGCAACUGUUCCAGAUCCACAGGGAGAAAUACGAAAAGAUGCGCAAUGAUGUUGCGGUCAAACUAAAAUUCCUAGAGGAGAAUAAGGUUAAGGUAUUACACAACCAACUUGUCCUCUUCCACAAUGCUAUAGCUGCCUACUAUGCAGGAAACCAGCAACAGCUUGAACAGACGCUCAAACAGUUCCACAUUAAGUUGAAAAGUCCUGGUGCAGACUCUCCAUCCUGGCUAGAGGAGCAUUAAUUCCAUGGGAGUAGUACAAUGCCCAAUGCCAGGGAGCAUCCAGGAACAGUCAAAAAAGGCAUUAACAUUGAUUCUGAAUAAUAAAUAUAUGGUGAUUUUCCCUUUUCUUCUUUUGUAGGAUUUCAAACUUUAAGACAAAAAAUAUUUAUGAAAUCAAACCUUUUUCUGUGCACUUCCAUUUUUAUAUCUUGUGAGUUUAAUCUCAGCUGAGGAGACACAUAUCCCAUUUUUGGUUUUCUGAUGACUGAAGUUUGCACUCAAAUUUUUAUUUCAGGAAUUAGAUAAAUCACUUGGUGCUGAUAAAGACAAAUGUGUUUUUUUAACUUACCACAUGAUGAUGGAUAACAGAUGAUAAUAUUCAACAGGUAUUAUAAAAAUCUUUAUCAAAUAUAGUACGGUGGAGUUUGUACUUUUCAGCAGAUGAACUGACUUUAGUUCAUAUCAAAAGACAGCACAACUAUCAUGUUCGUGUCUCCUCUGAUGAGGGUCCAACUUGCAGCUACUACUAUGCUUUGUUAGAAGAGUAUUUUGUUGGUUAUCUCAUUCUUAUUCUUUUUGUGAGAAAGUACUGAUAAAAACACAAAAUACAGUUCUUGGAAUUUUUGAAUGGAAGAAGGACUAGCCUUAAUGUGCAACUGUGUGCCUUUUUUAUACAAGUACCUUCACUUCCAUUGUUAGAAAAACUAGCAGGUAAUUUGCACUGCCACUGUUUUUAAUCACUUUCCUUAAGGACACCCUGGAUAGUGGAAGGACCAAAAAAAAAACAAAGACCAGCAUUUACUAUUAUAACAUUAACAAUCAGUUUUCGACUUUAACGUUCUCCUGUUUUCCAUAUCACACUUCAUGCACAUUGAAACUAAUGAAGAUAAACUUUGUUAAAUAUUGUAAACCAAAAUGCAUUGCGUUCAAAACUAUUUGUAUUUAGGAAAGAUAAUAUCCCUUGCCUGUGCUGCUCAUGUGUGGGGUUUGUUCUGUUGUUUUUGAAGCAAAACAGUGUACAGAUGUGUACAAACUUCUGAAACGUUUUUCAUUUUGUCAGAUUCGUGUUCCUUAUGGCAGUGUAUAAGCAACUUGUGUACAUUUACCUAAUGUUUACUAACAGAACUAUAUAAAUAUAUAUUUGUAAUUUCCCACAUUUGUGACAGAUAUAUUUAGACACAUUUACUCUUGGGCGUUUUGUUUUCUCAUUCCAUUACUUGCUGAGUGUAUCUGUGUAAUUAAGAAAAAUUGCUAAUUAAAGGAGUUGACUGCAAUAUGGGCUUCUGAAUGUCGUGUAACAUCUUGAAAAACAAAAAAUUAAAAACCAUUGUUUCUUCUAA